GGUUUCAAUUUUCUCGGAGAAAGACAGGCCGGCCACGAGGAAAACCGAAACAAGCCGCAGCAACAUCUAAGCCCGUCAAAGGAUCCUGAGAGGGGGGAAAGGGAAAACCGCAGCACCAGCCCAACCACUUGUGUCUUCAGCCCCCCACCCACCUAUCUUGCCCCCCCACCAGCCCACGCUGCUUGGGACCGAAAUCUCUGGCCGAAGGACCGUCACCACAUAACUGCAAAAAAUAAUCAACCACCCUCCCUCCCAAACCCACCCAAAUUCACUCAUCCAGCGUUUUAAUUUUUUUAAUCCACUCAGAAAUUUUUUUCAAAGACCCCCCCUCCCUAAAUGGAGUUGGGUGGUGGGGGAAAUGACUACUGAGUUGGCCUUUGUUUUUUAAGGAGACUUUUUGAUCCAAUGAGACCCCUCAAAUAAUCGAGUCUUGGGUCCUGGUUGGUGUUUUUUUUCUUCCAAAUUUUAAUCCCCUACCCCCUGAGCCCGAGGUGCUGACGUCGCAAAAAAAUUGGAUAAAAUCACAAUCAUGGGUUCGGGUCCAAUAGAUCCCAAAGAGCUGCUCAAAGGCCUGGAUACCUUUCUUAACCGAGAUGGGGAAGUCAAGAGUGUAGAUGGGAUUUCCAAGAUUUUUAGUCUGAUGAAGGAAGCACGAAAGAUGGUGAGUCGGUGCACUUACUUGAACAUUCUCCUGCAGACCCGUUCACCGGAAAUAUUAGUCAAGUUUAUUGAUGUUGGUGGUUACACGCUUCUUAACAGUUGGCUGACAUAUUCAAAGACAACCAAUAAUGUUCCCCUCUUACAACAAAUUCUCCUGACUCUGCAACACCUUCCUCUCACUGUGGAUCAUCUCAAGCAGAACAACACGGCCAAGUUGGUGAAGCAGCUGAGCAAAUCAAGUGAGGAUGAAGAGCUUCGGAAAUUGGCCUCCGUCCUAGUCAGCGAUUGGAUGGCUGUCAUCCGCUCUCAGAGUAGUGCUCAGCCUGCCGAAAAAGAUAAGAAGAAACGUAAAGAAGAGGGAAAGAGUCGAACCACUCCUCCUGAGCGACCUUUGACUGAGGUAAAGGCUGAGACUCGGACUGAAGAGGCCCCAGAGAAGAAGAAAGAAAAGCCCAAGUCUCUUCGAACCACAGCGCCCAGUCAUGCCAAGUUUCGUUCAACUGGGCUAGAGCUGGAGACACCAUCUUUGGUUCCUGUGAAGAAGAAUGCCAAUGCAGUGGUGGUUUCUGACAAGUACAACCUGAAGCCCAUCCCUCUUAAGCGGCAGAGCUCUGCAGCUAUUCCUGGAGAUGCUGUCCCUCCUGCAGAGAAGAAAUACAAGCCACUCAAUACCACUCCCAACGCCACCAAAGAGAUCAAAGUGAAGAUCAUCCCCCCACAACCUAUGGAGGGCCUGGGUUUUCUGGAUGCUCUCAAUUCAGCCCCUGUCCCAGGCAUCAAAAUUAAGAAGAAGAAGAAAGUGUUGUCACCUACAGCUGCCAAGCCAAGUCCCUUUGAAGGGAAAACAAGCACAGAACCAAGCACAGCCAAACCUUCUUCUCCAGAGCCAGUUCCUCCCGCUGAGGCCAUGGACACUGAGCGUCCAGGGACCCCAGUACCACCUGUUGAAGUCCCAGAGCUCAUGGAUACAGCGUCUUCGGAGUCAGGGGCUCUGGAUGCAAAACCUGUCGAGAGUCCUGGAGAUCCCAGUCAGCUAACUCGUAAAGGCAGGAAGAGGAAAACAGUGACGUGGCCUGAGGAAGGCAAACUGAGGGAAUACUUCUAUUUUGAAUUGGAUGAAACUGAGCGAGUAAAUGUGAAUAAGAUCAAGGAUUUUGGCGAGGCAGCCAAGCGAGAGAUACUGUCAGACCGACAUGCAUUUGAGACAGCCCGGCGUCUGAGCCAUGACAACAUGGAGGAGAAGGUGCCCUGGGUGUGCCCCAGGCCCCUGGUUCUGCCCUCCCCACUUGUCACCCCUGGAAGUAAUAGCCAGGAACGAUACAUCCAGGCAGAGCGGGAGAAGGGGAUCCUUCAGGAGCUCUUCCUGAACAAGGAGAGUCCUCAUGAGCCUGAUCCUGAGCCCUAUGAGCCCAUACCUCCUAAACUCAUCCCGCUUGAUGAGGAGUGUUCCAUGGAUGAAACCCCCUAUGUUGAGACCUUGGAGCCUGUGGGAUCAGGUGGCUCACCUGAUGGUGCAGGUGGCUCUAAGUUGCCUCCUGUUCUGGCUAACCUUAUGGGUAGCAUGGGUGCUGGGAAGAGCCCUCAGGGCCCUGGAGGAGGCGGCAUCAAUGUUCAGGAGAUCCUUACCUCCAUUAUGGGUAGCCCGAACAGUCAUCCCUCAGAAGAAUUGUUGAAACAGCCAGACUAUUCAGACAAGCUCAAGCAGAUGCUGGUGCCACAUGGACUUCUAGGCCCUGGUCCAAUAGCCAAUGGUUUCCCACCAGGAGGCCCUGGGGGCCCCAAGGGCAUGCAGCACUUCCCUCCUGGCCCUGGGGGACCCAUGCCAGGUCCCCAUGGAGGCCCUGGAGGUCCUGGUGGGCCAGUGGGUCCACGUCUCCUGGGUCCUCCACCCCCUCCUCGGGGAGGUGAUCCCUUCUGGGAUGGCCCAGGUGACCCCAUGCGAGGUGGACCAAUGAGAGGGGGUCCAGGACCUGGCCCUGGCCCAUAUCAUAGGGGACGUGGUGGCCGAGGAGGAAAUGAGCCCCCGCCGCCUCCAUUCCGUGGAGCCAGAGGAGGUCGCUCUGGAGGAGGACCCCCAAAUGGACGAGGUGGUCCUGGUGGAGGCAUGGUUGGAGGUGGAGGUCAUCGUCCUCAUGAAGGCCCUGGUGGAGGCAUGAGCAGCAACAGUGGACAUCGUCCCCAUGAAGGCCCUGGUGGAGGAAUGGCUGGGGGCAGCGGACAUCGUCCCCAUGAAGGCCCUGGUGGAGGAAUGGGUGCUAGUGGUGGACAUCGCCCACAUGAAGGCCCUGGUGGAAGCAUGGGUGGAAGUGGACAUCGCCCCCAUGAAGGUCCUGGACACGGGGGGCCUCAUGGCCACCGGCCUCAUGAUGUUCCCGGUCACCGAGGCCAUGACCAUCGAGGACCACCUCCCCAUGAACACCGUGGUCAUGAUGGGCCCGGACAUGGGGGAGGAGGCCACCGAGGACAUGAUGGUGGCCAUAGCCAUGGAGGAGAUAUGUCCAACCGCCCUGUUUGCCGACAUUUCAUGAUGAAGGGCAAUUGCCGCUAUGAGAAUAACUGUGCCUUCUACCAUCCGGGUGUCAAUGGGCCCCCCUUGCCCUAG